AUGAUUACCCAUUGGACGUUGAUAGUGUUGGUGGCGGUGGCGGCCAUUACCGGCCCGUACACUGCACUCGCCCGGCCAACGGAACCGGAAGCACCGGCCGAAAUCUAUAGCGAGCUAGCGGAGGAGUUCCAGCGUCUGCACAACCAAGAGAUUCGCUUCCUGCAGUACCUAUCGGUGCAGGCGGAACGGCAACAGCGCGAAGAAGCAUACCUUCAGGCGCAACGGGAACAGCAACAGUUGGCACUUGACACACGCAACUCGCUGCUGGACGAUACUGGUUCGCUGCUGGACGAGCUGCCACAGGAGUACGGUCGGUCGGAGACAGAAGGUGCGGGAGUUUCCGGGCGCAAUUUGAACGGGUUCGGGCAUGAAAUGGUCACCCAAACGGAAUCGGUACAGAAGGAAAUUCCGCACCAGAAGAGCAAAAAUGAUAAGAAAAAUAAUCACUACAUGUCCUUGUGUCACUUUAAGCUUUGCAACAUGGGUCGUAAACGCAAUCAACGAUUUCCUCAAUUGUAAGUAUCACCAGCUUGAAA